ACUAGCUUCUCUUUUUCUUCCUUGUCAUACAUAAAUUGUUGUUUCGUAGACGUUGAUCUUGGAUAUAACCUGCUCACGAGUAUAUAGUACCCCCGUCAUCUCAAGAAAGCCCACGGAAUCAUGAGUUCGCAGCAGGCACAUGAACUGGGCGUCAGCACCCCGCCUUCCUACAAACUUGAUAGCAAUGCCUUUACCAAGGAAUAUGCAGAGUCUCUCGAUGCACGGGACCCUUUGCGCCACUUCCGUCGAGAGUUCAUCAUUCCAUCUAAAACCGAUCUGAAGAGGAAGACUUUGGCUACAGACGGCUCCGAUGAAGAGUCUGACCCCAGAUGUAUAUACCUUUGUGGAAACUCACUGGGUGUUCAACCUCGCAGCACCCGCAAGUACAUUGAACAAUAUUUACGGACAUGGGCCAUCAAAGGCGUAACGGGACAUUUCCUCCCACAUGAAGACCAAUUGCUCCCGCCCUUUGUUGACGUUGAUGAUGCUGGCGCAAAGCUCAUGGCGCCCAUUGUGGGAGCCCUGGAGAGUGAAGUGGCAGUGAUGGGCACGCUGACGGCGAAUUUACAUUUUCUGAUGGCAAGCUUCUACUGCCCGACGAAGGAAAGAUACAAGAUCAUCUUAGAAGGAAAGGCGUUCCCAAGUGACCAUUAUGCCGUCGAGUCUCAGAUUAGACACCACAACCUUCGCCCCGAGGAUGCCAUGGUUCUCAUUGAGCCGGAGGACCGCAAGAAGCCGAUCUUGCGAACGGAGCAAAUCCUUCAGGUUAUCGACGAGCAUGCAUCCAGCACGGCCCUUGUGCUCCUCUCGGGAAUCCAAUUCUACACUGGGCAGUACUUCGAUAUUAAAAAGAUCACUGCACACGCCCAAUCCAAGGGAAUCCUCGUUGGCUGGGAUUGUGCUCAUGCAGCAGGGAAUGUCGACCUGCGAUUGCACGAUUGGAAUGUAGAUUUUGCUGCAUGGUGCAACUAUAAAUACCUGAACAGUGGCCCUGGCGGUAUGGCAGGCCUGUUUGUCCAUGAAAGACAUGGCCGAGUGGAUAUGGACAAGGUUGGCACCGAUGAAGAGCCCUUUCGCCCGCGACUUUCGGGCUGGUGGGGAGGCGACAAGAAGACUCGCUUCCUUAUGAACAACAACUUCUUCCCGCAGUCGGGUGCCGCAGGAUUCCAGCUAUCGAAUCCUUCCGUUCUGGAUAUGAAUGCGGUGGUGGCGUCCCUCGAGCUGUUCAACCGGACAUCAAUGACCGAGAUCCGCCAAAAGUCUUUGAGCGCCACGGGAUACUUAGAGCAUCUCCUGCUCAACUACCCUGUCGACUUUCCCUCUGGGGUAAGACCUUUCUCCAUUAUCACGCCCUCGAACCCAGCAGAGCGUGGUGCGCAGCUCAGUCUGCUCUUGGAACCUGGUCUCUUGGAUAAUGUCCUGGAGACCCUGGAAGAGCACGGGGUUAUCAUCGACGAAAGGAAGCCAGACGUUAUCAGAGUUGCGCCCGCACCUUUGUACAAUACGUACACGGAGGUUUGGGAAUUCUGUAAAAUUUUCUUCGAAGCCUGCCAAAAGGCCUUGGAGGCCCGGAAGUAACCACGAGGCAAUUACUUUGCUUGGAUUGCCAGACAUGUUCGGACUGGAUAUUUCGGUACAUGUCGCGUUGCAUAUAUGGAAUCAUCUACCUUUCGGUUUAUUGGCGGGUGCACAUACGCCCACGUUAAUCAAGACCCUCAUAUAAUGCCCAUAUACUGACUAGCAGUUUUGGGAUCUGAAUCAGCACAUAACAUGAUGGGCCACAGAUUGGCCCCUAUGCGCUACCGAAACAUAACAUUAGCACUGGCUUGAUCUCGAACCACGCAAUAUUUUGUACAAUUGGCAUGAUGACUUCAUCUAUAGUGGUUAUAGUUUCAUUCUGCAUCUCUCUCAAUUGACACC